CCCUACUUUGUUGACGUUGACCCAUGAUACAAUAAACUUACUUGGUUGUAUGUGUAUCAUGACGUUGACCAAAUAACGAGCCAAUAUUUAUUUUAAUUACAUAAGCUUUAUAUCAAUUUAUUUUGUUGAGUAGCAUAAUCCUAGCCUAUAUGUUCAAAAAAUUGGUAAUAGUAUCUUUAAUAGCAGUAACAGUCGACUUUUUCUGCGGUGAGAAAGCUACCGAUAUUAUCUUGAGUUUAUAUAAAACGGUAUUUUAUUCAACUCAAAUCCCUGUGAACAGAGAACGAGUAUUUACAAAGGAAGAAUUGAAAUUAUAUAAUGGGGUAGAUAAACCACAAUUGUAUCUUGCAAUUCUAGGAAAUGUUUUUGAUGUUAGUAAAGGAAUCAAACACUAUGGGCCCAAUAAACAGUACAAUGUCUUUGUAGGUCAAGAUGCUUCCCGCAGUUUUGUAACGGGGAAAUUCAACAAAGAGGAUAUCAGUGAAGAUGUAGCUGAUUUCAGUUAUGAGGAACUACGAUCGCUAGAUCAUUGGUUAAACUUUUACAAAAAAGAAUACACAAAAAUCGGAUUAUUGAAUGGGAAAUAUUUUGAUGAAUAUGGACGAGCAACACCUUAUGGCGAAGCAGUACAAAAUCUCAUUAAAGAGGCAGAACAAGCGAAGCAGCAAAUUCAAUUAGAAAAGACCAAGUUUCCUCCUUGUAAUGUAGAAUGGGACGCAGAUAAAGGAAGCCGCGUUUGGUGCUCACAGAAAAGUGGUGGAAUAGAACGCAGCUGGGUCGGUGUACCUCGUCAACUAUACGAACCAGGCUCAAAGAGUUAUCGUUGCGCCUGCAUCAACGAAAGCAAUGAAGAUCUAGGGGUUGUUAAGGAAUAUGAAGGUUGUGAUAAAACAUCCUUUAGUUGUUUUGUCACACAAAACUGAAAAUUACAUAAUUUCUAUCGAGAAGUUCGCAGUUCAAAUAAAAUUUAAAUUAUUUGAUUUUUCA